AUGGAGAAAAAUGGCUUUAAGCUUCUCCUCUCUUUGUCUGCGAAGACUGGACACACUGGGCUGGGCGCCUAUAAAGACAUACUAGUGUGCACUGCAUGGAUUCCUUUCUAUGAAAGGCUACUACUACUAUCUUCCAUGCUGCUUUCUCUCGCUGCCAGCGGUUUGGCUGCGCUGGUAAAGGUGUUGGCUCGUCUGAAUGUCUGCCUGCACAGAGUCCAGCCAGGACUGGCCAGGAUGUUCACCAUUGUGUCUGAUCAAGCUGGCUAUUUACUUGAUUUGGGUGUGAAAGCUGGUUCAUGA